AUGGCGCACCCAAGCAUACACCCUGGAGUAUUUUCAUAUAUCGGAAGAAAAUUACCUGGCAGAGAAUUUCAAACUAAAAGCUCAAAAAGAAUGCAUCCAAUUCUAUGCCCCACUAUCCAUCCCGGAGUCUUCCCAUACUAUGGCAAAGAACCCAACACGAACAAAUUGAAAAUGGCGUACGACGAAAAAUUCCUGAAGAACAACAUGGAUAAUUUGAAACUGGAAGAUCUCAAAGAGAGCGUCGAGCAGGACAAAUCGGAGUUUUUCGGGCAAGUAGCGAGACAUGUUAAUUACCUGCAGAUUCAAAGAGAUGUGAAGAAUAAAGUCGUGCAAAAAAUCCGUGCGUACGAAGAAUGUGUAGAAAAAAGAAGACAGAAGCUUAAAGAUCUGUUUUACUGCGAAGAGCGUCAAUACUACAACGAAACCAUAGAACAAGCUUUUAAAACAGAGCAAGAGAAAUUCGAAGAAAUGAAGAGGACUUUGGAUAUAAUCAAGAAAAGAAAAGAGGAGGAACGACAGGAAAUCGUGCACAAGAAAAGAAUUGAGCAAUACAUUGGUCUUUGCAACGAGCUGAAACCCGCUCUCUUCAAGAGGCACUUGAUUGAAUCCAAAAAUGCGCAACUUCAACAGAUAAGAGAAAACGAAGCAAGACGAUUGGCAGACAAAGAAUUGGAUAGAAUGUGGUUCGAGUUGAAUGAGAAGGAAACCCAAGCAAAGAAAGAGAGGGAAGAAAGAGAAGCUUUGGCUAAGAAAGCUCUUGACUUAAGUGUGGUGGAGACGUUGGAGAAGCAAGUUCGAGGAAAGGAACUACUCAAAGCUGAAGAGAUGAAAAUGAAAAUGGAAGAUCAUUUGGAAAUUAAACGGCAAAACGAGGAAAUGAGACGAAAGGAAAUGGAAAAGUUGAAACAGCAGAGAAAGGACCGCGAUUCCAGACUGCAAGAGCUUCGAGAACAAAUCCGCAUCCACGAAGAAGUGGCGCGCAAGCAAAAGGAGGAGGAAGAAGAAAUCGUCAACGUCUACCAACAGUAUAACGUGAUCGAAUUGGAGAAGGAGAAAGCGGCACGCCUGGCCAAGAGGCAGCAAACGAUUAAGGAAACCGCCUUGUACCUGGAGUACGUGCGCGACUUGGAGACCCAAAAAAAAGAGGAAGAAAAGCGCAUCCAGGAGCUGAUACUCAUCCACAUGAAGGAGGUGCAGAAGCAGCACGAGGAGGCCAAAUGCAAGAUCAAGGAAGCUAGAAGGCAAUUGCACAAGAGCGUAAUUGAGGGUAGAGCACAGCAAGUCGAAUGGAAACGCCAAGAGGCCGAGAAUCAACUGAAAGCUAUUGAAGCCGAAAACGAACUGACCCGUAUUGCCUAUGAGGCUAAUUUGAGAUUGCAAGAGGAAAGCGAUCGAAUCGAGAAGGAGGCCAUUCAACAAUAUCGAGCUGAUUUGAGAGAACAAAUCGAAUACAACAACAUAUUGAGAGAGCGCGAACGAGAAGAACUCGAGAGACAGUUGCAGAAAGGUAAAGAAGAAGAAGAAUACUACAAGAAGCUGGUACAAGAGAUUAUUAAAGUUCACACGGAAACUCCGUACAACAAACACCCGUUCAGAAGAGUCUUCGAGCGUUACGAUUGCCGAUGUCCUGAUCAACCGAAAUAA